UGGCGGACAAGGAAGUCGACACAUCAUCAAUCUCAAGUUCGCAGCCAAAUAACCCGCUAUCUAGGAAACUGAACAAGAUUCUUGAGACCCGACUUGACAAUGAUAAGGACAAUAUUGAAGCCCUCAAAGCACUGUCUUCUUUCUUCAAAGAAAAUAAUCUCCGCAGUAGACGCAACCUGAGGGGGGACAUAGAACGUCGCACCCUUGCUAUCAAUGAAGAGUUUGUGCAAGUAUUCCAGGGAGUCAAAGAGAAGCUGGACAGUGUCUAUGGAGAUGUCAAGGCCAUGAAUGAUUGCUGCAGCGACAUGACAACCAGACUAAAGACAGCCAAAGAACAGACACAUGAUCUCAUCAACCAGACAACAAAGCUUCAGGCUGAGAGUGGCCGUCUGCAGAUGAGGUCAGAGGUCGCAGAUGCCUUCUUGGCAAAGUUCCAGCUGAAACCUGAAGAAGUGAAGGUUCUAAGAGGCACUAGGGAUGGAUCUUUACAUCAGAAUUUCUUCACUUCCCUUGAUAGAGUGAAGCAGAUCCACAAUGACUGUAAGGUCUUACUAAGGACUAAUCAGCAGACUGCAGGGUUAGAGAUCAUGGAGACCAUGGCACUUCACCAAGAAUCUGCCUAUGAGCGCCUGUACAGGUGGACUCAGAAUGAAUGCAGAGCUCUCAGUGGAGAUUCUCCAGAUAUCACAUCACAACUCACUCAAGCAAUGCAGGCACUUCAAGAUAGACCCGUACUCUUUAGGUACACAUUGGAUGAGUUUGGUACUGCCAGGAGAACCGCUGUAGUUAGGGGUUUCAUAGAUGCACUGACUCGUGGAGGCCCUGGAGGAACUCCCAGACCAAUAGAGCUCCACUCCCAUGAUCCUUUGCGCUAUAUGGGAGACAUGCUAGCUUGGUUACAUCAGGCCUCCGCUUCAGAAAAGGAACACCUACAAACCCUACUCAAACGAUCAACAUUACUACCUAUGGAAGAACAGAUCCAAGAUGUACUAAACCAUAUAACAGAGGGGGUGUGUAGACCAUUCAAGGUCCGUGUAGAACAGGUGCUUCUGGCAGAACCAGCGGCUGUUGUACUGUACAAACUUACCAAUUUACUCAAGUUCUAUCAUUAUACUAUUGGACAAAUUGUUACAAAGAUAGAUGCCUCACUGCUGUCAACUCUUGAGGAAAUGUCUACUUUAAGUGCUAAGAUGUUCUAUAACAGUCUCAACUGCCAUGCUGGCAAACUACUAGAAAAGGUAGAACUCCCACCUGCUGACUUAGGUCCUACUGCCUCUUUACAUCAAACACUACAGCUAAUACAAGAGGUGUUGUCUUCCCAUGAUUCUUCAGUUGUAACCUUAGAUGCAAGACAGCAGGAUUUUACCCAUAUAGUGUCUUGCUUGAUUGAUCCGUUAAUUCAAAUGUGUAGCGUCUCAGCCAGUAAACUAAACACCGUUGAUAUGGCAACAUACAUGGUGAACGCCAUCUAUAAUAUGCAAACCACACUAGCCCUGUAUGAGUUCACCGACCAAAGACUAGAGAUGCUUCAAGCACAGAUAGACGCCCACAUAGACACCUUGACCAGUGAACAAGCUUCAUACAUUCUCAACAGUAUAGAUAUGGCCCAAAUGUAUGGAUUGGUACAGCAGCACCAGCCUAAACAGGGGCCACUCUCUGUUCUCCCUGGCAUGGAUCCUAUUACUGUAAAGUCAGCCAUGAAUAAAUUUGACAGUUACCUUGCCUCCCCUGACAGUCUUGAUAUGCCUCAAUGUGCGCUGCUGACUGCAGCUAAACUAAGAGAGAUGGUGAAAAAGAGCUCCACAGAGCUCUUAUGUAAGGCUUACAAACAGAUGUAUGAUGCAAUAGUUGACCCUAGCAACGAGUACACAGAUCCUAAGACAAUAGUGCCUAGAACUCCUGAACAAGUCAUUGAACUCUUGUCAUAGCAACAGUACAAAUAUCCCCGGUUUAUUAAUUGCUAUAAUUCCUACACAAAUCAUUUAGUUGUUGCCAUAGCAACCAGCAUUUUGCUCCUCAGACUAUAGUACAUAGAUCUAUUGACAGUCAUGCAACUCAGAGUCGAUGUCAAUUAGAUACAACAGAGUCACCCUAGCAACUGUAUCACCAUAGCAACUUUAGGUGAUCAUACUACUUGUUUGAAAAUGGUGUAAUAUAUCAUAUAGGCAUUCUAUAUAUAUACCUUUAUUAAGCAGGAUAUUUAUUGUAUAUAUGAAAUGUGGAAAAGGACAAAUUGGUUCUGGUAAAAAAAUUGUAGAUAAAAUUGUAAAUAAAAAACAAAAGAUGGC